UUUGCAUCUGGAUACAGUUUGACGACGGGGGAGGUUUCCUUGGCAGGUCAGUUUUGGAUCUGCCACGUGAUGGCGAUGCCAAGUGGGUCGGCGGCGGACAUUGCGCCGUUCCUCAAAGUUCUCCGUGCGAUCCUUGAGACCGAGAGCACCGACAUCUUGCGGUGGACGCCGGACGGUGCCGCGUUCGAGAUCCUCGACAUGGACCGCCUCGUCCAGACCGUUCUCCCCAAGUACUUCAAGCACAACAAGUACCCGAGCUUCCAGCGCCAACUCAACUACUUUCACUUUAAAAAGUGGACCAAGUCCCGCGCCAACGUGUGCACGUUCUCCAACGAGUUUUUCCUCCGCGACGCCCCAGACAAGAGCGCGCACAUCACGCGAAAAAAGUCGGUCAGCCGAAAAGAGUCGAUGGACGAGUGGGGCGACAACGACGGGUUCGACAUGUUCGACCCACUCGUCGACGGUAACGAAGAAGCGCUCGAAGCGUACUUGCGGCAGGAAGACCUCGACUUGCUCGCUACGUUAGAAGAAAUGAAAUGUUAAAUUAUGCCUGGAAUCACCAUCGCGACCUAGCACCACGA